AUUAUUUAUGUUUAGAAGUUAACAUGAUGUUUGAUGAUUGAAUUCCCUUUGUUGAGCCUUACUUUACCUACGCAUUUUUGGAUAACGAUGAAAUCAAAGUCCUAAUUAAUCUACAAUGCACACAGAAAGAAUAUUAUUUCUGUGUAUUGUUAUUACUUAUCACAUUUGAUCAUCAGAGUUUCGCAAACUCGAAUGUACAGGAGGCGAAAAUCUGGAUUUAUCACUCUUAAACUCUUGAUUGUAUUUACAUUACUCCAUGAAAAAGGAUAUUCUACAUUUAUUCCUAAAGAAAACACGACUAUUUUAAAAAAUGCGCAUUCACAUAACUCAUUGCUUUCACAAUCACAAAAUCGUUUUGAUAAAUUAGAGGAUCCGUAUUCAGAUUAUGGAGAUAUUACAAUGAUUGAAAGUAAUAAACAUAUGCCAGAUUUGUGUGGACCAAUGAGUAUUGAUGUUAACCAGAAUUUAGUAAGCGGAAUGAAAGACUGUAUUGAUAUUCACAUCAAUUUCAGUGACUCUGGACUAUACAGAGAGUAUCACAUGGAACUUACCAAUCAACAAACUGUGAAGAUUGUAGCUGCAAAAAAUGUAGUUGUUGAAAAUCUGCUGACAACAAAUGAUAUUUAUGAUUCUAGGAUAGUCAAUGGAAAUGAUUCCAUCUUAAAAUUUCAUUUCGUUCGUAACUCUGGAAUUCAAGUGAACAUUGUAUUAUCUGAGUUGAAUCUUUACCCAAUUUAUGAAGAUGUCGCUUAUGAAGGUGCUAAUGACAUCAUUCUAAAUGCACUACCAGGAACGUAUGCUUUCAGACAAAAAAAACCUUUACUGAGGAUUGCCAACAAUUUCUGUAGAUAUCCCCUUCCUAGUCGAUAUUUACUGUCUCUUAAGGCAUUUCGAAGAAGGCAAACAUAUGGUUACAGACGAAAGUGUAAAGAAGAUUCAAAUCUCCACUCAAGUUUUUGUUCAAUAUAUAAUUACAAAAGUUAUCCUGAAAAUGAAGAAGAGAAAAAGCAUUUUUAUGAAAGAUCACUUAAUGACCAGUGUGGACGGAAUCAAGCAGCUGUUCUUCCAAAUGAUCCGAAUUCAUUCUACUGUACUCGUGAUACACCUUUGCUCAAUGAAAUAUUCGGUGAAUAUGUGGAUGAACAGAUUAUGAAGUCCGAAGUAACUUCAUGCGAUACUCAUAAGAAAAUGUGCACAAGAUGUUUGAAAAGAACAGCUGGGAUUACUCAAGGAAUGGAAUCGCGGUGUAAUGGACAUCAUAUCAAUACAAAAGAUGACCCAGGAAUCAAUACCAGUCGUAAGGAAGAUGAACGAAAGCUCCUCAACUCUCAGUGUUGUAGCAUACCGUGCUACAACACACCCGCGUGUUUGACCUACUACGGUCCAAUAUGUCAAUCACAAGUAAACCGGACAAUUACACUAGAAGAGAAAGUUUGCAUGGACGGUAAUACCUUUCAUGUAUCAAUUAUGCCGGAAUUCGAUUUUCAAAAUGGAACAUUUAUGUGCCAUCUGAAAAAAAUCAACUACUCUCUUGGGUUUAGAAUAAAGUUCUCCAUAGUUCUAUUGCAAUUAGCUAAACAAGAACAUUUUCAUGAGCAACGAAACCCUCCAAACGAGUUUUCCAUUGAAAGUGAACAUAGAAUUCAAAAUAGCAAGAAAUUCGAACUGAAUGUUGACGCUGUGAAGGUCAGAAUACCUGUAAAAAGAACUGACAAAGAAAUACCGCACGUUUUAGAAGAUAUCAUACUACUCGGCCACAAAAACCAAACUAAUCAAGGUUAUGAUUUUUUUAUGCAUCAGCUUCCAAUAUCAAAUGAAACUCAUGUAUUCAAACCAUCAGUAGAACGAGCUUUACAUACAGAUUCAUCAUUUACAACCUUGCAAAGCAAGGAACCACAUGGAUUUAGCUCAGUCAACUGGAAGAGAAAAGGCUGCGAUUUAGACAUUCAUAAGAGUAUUUUACUAACAAAACAAUCAUUCGAUUUUCUUCGAAAAGGUCAAUCGGUUGACAUUUAUGCAAUUUCAAAUGCUAAAAUAAACUUAACGAAUCCGGUGUCAAGUCAGGUAGACAGCGUUUAUUUAAAUAAACCACACAGAUUUCGACUAAAUCAUAAACAAAUCAGUUUGCCGAAGGUGAAUAUCAGACUGUCAGGUAAUCAGUCAGUUUUGCGACCAGUAUUCUGUAGUGAACAAAACGCAUUUGCAAAAUACAAUUUAUUAACAAGUGAAGAACACAAAUCGAUUGGAAGAAAUAGAAUUAUUCGCAGGGCAGUGAAAGCUUUCGUGAAAUUCACAACAAAUGCAGUAGGUCAACAAAUACUUCAAAUUUUUGUGACAGGUCACGUUACCGGAACACCAGCCUACCUUAAUCUGAAGAUUGUUUGGACAACAGGCUAUUUGGUGAUAAGUAAUCACGAUGUCAUUGUACUAAGUUCACAUAAAAGUAACAAGAAUUAUUUGAAAUCUUCUUCAAAGCUUGAACAAUUUCAACUAAGUUAUGAGAUAGAUCUUCAGUCUGUUAAAGAGAUUCCAUAUGAUAAAUUAUUGUUGCCGUUGUCAUCUCAGUCUACAUUAAUCUUCGAUGUGAUUGUUCAAGAUUGUCAUACUAAUGUUACUAUAAGAAUAUACAAUCUGCUUACAGAGAACAAAAUGGAUAGUGAAAUGUCUAAUGAUAAUGAUAUUCAAACUCCCAUUGUUGGUAUUCAUUUGAAUAGAAAUACAACAGUAGAGUCAACAGAAUGGACCAUGUAUAGUCCAUUAUUAUUCAUCACCAUUGGCAUUGGUUUGCUGUAUUUCUUAGUUUUGAUCAUAUUUGUAUGCAUUAAGCAUUUCAUCAUAUCAAAUAAAGGGUAUCCUAUUUCAGUUGGAUAUCAGAAAUUCGUAAACAACAAUAAUAACCAGUGUGGUAGUGAACUUCAAUAUCACCAGUUACUACUUCAUCCAUUUCCUGUGAAAAUAAAUAAUCAUACACUGUAUUACGCUACAUCAAGAAAAGGUGAAGACUAUAUUCAAGCAUUUCCUCCAGGUAGGCAUAUGUUGUAUCAUCCCACCAUUGUAGCAAAGCACUCUAAUCUUCAUGUUAAUGAAUCCCAAAAUACUUAUCGAAAACUCUCAUCAAAUCCAUCUUGGUUACAUCAAAAUGCCUGGAAUACAAACAGCUCAAAGCUAAAACGCAUAUUUUUGUUUACCCACCUUGCAUUCCGUGUAUUUUAUACCUUUUUAUUUACAUUCAGUGUGGCUGUUUCUCUGAUAUUUAGCUUACAACCUUCAGGCAGAUCUUCAGUGUUUGACAAUAUGUUGUACUUACCAAAAUUAAAUCGAGAAUCUUUAGCUUUCAGUCAAAUGGAAAGAAAUUCACGACGGUCUUCAGCAGCAACAACAUCAGUGUCUACAUUACCUUUAGAUCAGAUUCAUUUGAUCGGUCCAAUUUUGAAGCUACAAAAUGAAGCACGUUGGAUUGAAGAAUUUACUGAACAAGAAUUAAAACGACAACUUGAUUAUGUUGAACGCAUGAAGUUAGCUUGUCAGCAUGCAAUGACUGUUGAACUAACAGACGCUCUUCGAGAAGGUAGGCACUUAGUAAAAACAAGACUUGAAAAUUGGCAAAUCAACAGUACAGUUCAAAACGACGGCAGGUUCGGUGACAAUACCUUACAGUCCAUUUACGAAUUAGUAAAUCAUCAUUUCAGCAAACAGGGUGGUUUAUUUGAUCACAUCUAUGAACAAAUAAGUCAACAGUUAGACUUCCGCAAAAUGAAAUCUUAUAAAAUCUAUUCGAAUAUGCUUAACUCAGUCUUUCAUUCUGGAUGGCUUCAGUAUACUAAACGUAUGUUAAAUACGUCAGAUAAUUUGGAAAGAACUCCCAGACACUUCGCAGAUGACAAAGUCCACUCAGCAACUAAACUUAAUUUUCAUGAUAGUAUGAGGAGAUAUUUUGAAAUCGCUCAACAAAAAUCUGGUAUCAAAGCAUCUUAUAUAGCUUUAAUGAAUUACAUGAAUUUUUAUCAAGCCGAGUCUGUUCAUAUGUUACCACUGCAGUUACUUGAAAGCUUAAAGAAGAUAUUCGCUUCUCCGAACCACUAUCGUUCAAUGUUUCACUUGUCAUCAGACGUAUCUAAGUCAAUCAAAGAAUCCCAGACAAAAUUUCAAACAACUCAGGUGAUUAAUUCAAAAAAUCUUCCUCUUCGAAAAAUGCGACAGGAACGUAUCUUCCUUACAACUAAUGAUUUGGAAGAAUAUGUGGAUAACACUAUAAAUCUGGUUGAAGAAAUACUGACAAAGCAUUAUUCAGAUAAAGAUUCCAAACUUAUUUCGGAAAACUUCAUUGAAUACAUCAAACGAAAUGCCAUGAGAAAUGGUGAAGACCAAAUUAUUUAUUCAAAGAAACAUUCUUUGAUACCAGUGAUGACUUUAACACAUAUACGCUUAAGCUUACUAAUUUUAGACUGUCUAAUUAUUGUGUACAGAUUUUUCCACACCUAUGAAAUUUUGAAAGCUAUAUGGACUGGUCAAAAGUUAUUUGUUGAUGCAUCGAGUUGGUUAGAACGACAGAUGAACACUAUAACCGAUAAAGAAAAGGAAAAUCAGUACUUUCAAGAAGGAAAUAAACUAACAGCACAUUUCAACAAACACUCAAACUCACCAUUUAAUGAUAGAAAAAACUGUGUACAUUCUGAUCAUGUUAGUUGCAAUGAAACUGUAAACAAAAGAUUUUCGAGAAUAGGGUUGUUCCAGUGUAUUCCACAACAAGAAAAUCGUUAUGAGUGUAAGCAUGAUGGACAGGCAUUGUAUCAGUCCCCUCCUACACAUUCAUCUGUUAUCCCCAGAAAAUCUCAGACGUCAGAAACAACACCAUCAGUGCUUCCUAAUAAAAUUGCUGAAACCGUUGGUCCCAAAAGUUCAAAAGAAAACAUCCAGCCAUGUUGCACGUACUCUCAAUUACCUCAAAUUUCAUGUGGAACACUUCGUUGCAGUUCAUUAGUUUCAAUUGGUCCACCUUUAAGUCUGCCUCCAUCUUCAUUGUUUGGUAUUGAACAAAAUACUGGUUGUAUGUUAGGCGUGCGAACUGCAUGCUGCCGGAAGUCACAUUAUAUUAGUUCUGUUGUUGGUCUCACUGUACUUAUCCUAUUACUUGGUUUGGUGAUGAUGCAAGUGUAUAAAUCGCCAGCAGUAUUAUUGAAAAAGUCCUCAACAUCAACUUCAACUCAUACCAAACAGCAUCUUAUACAAUUUACAGGAAAUAAACUACCACAUUUAUCAACUCAAAUAAAUAUUUUUCGUUCGUAUCAUGAAUUAAUAAUUCGUGAUCACAGUAAGCGAUUAAAUCAAGAUUGGCUUGGAUGGACAAGACGUAAUGAAAUGGCUACGCGUGGACGUGUACUCAACUACUUAUCAAGGUUUAAAUACGAAUUGGGUUUCUUUGAUCAACAAAUGGAGUCGGAAAACUCAGUUAUCCAAUCUCUUCUGUCUCGGAUUGAAUCAUCAACAAUAUCUAAGUCAGAUAGAAACUAUGAAAAGCCAGUUAAAUAUCCUGCCUCACCAGUUUUCAAUUCAGAAUUUUUAUUUCGUCAACAAAUCUGCCAUUUUUUGCCAGUAAUACCAGUUCCAAUCUAUAAUCAAGUUACAACUAUGAAUGGUGAAGACCUACCUUCUGCAAUCCACGAAACAAUGAGACCUCGGAGUAUAAAGCAAAUCAUUUGGACAGCAACAAUCAGCACAUUUGUGGAUUUUGACUGGAAUAGUCAAGCUCAAGCGAAUAAAUUAUUUAUAACGGCUAUUAUCGUUGGAGUAGUAAUGAUUACUUGUAUUGGCGUAGUUGAUUUAGGUGGAAAAAUUUUAAAAAUGCUUUACAUCAACCCAGCAGUUUCAUUGUCUGAUAUUCAAAAGUGGAGAAGUAAUCAAAAGAAGACAAAUAAUGAAAAUGAAUUAAAGAGUUAUGAUCAGAAUGUUGAUAAUAUUAUUUUAAUAUCACCUCAACCAGCACCAAUUAUUCCAUGGCCUUCAAAACUGGUAUUCAGUGGUAAUGGUAAACUGAUUACUACUAUACCAGAUACGAAGUUAAUGUAUAAAAAGACAUCAAGUCCAGAAUCUUCAACAUCCAUCUUGAAAGAACCAGAAGCUCAACUCCCUCUAACUGCCUUUUAUUUAGAUACUAAUCUUGUAUUUACACACACUAGCACACCAUCUGUUUGCAAUAAUAAAUCAAUCCAACACAAUGAAGUAACACAUUCCAUACCUGUUUUAAUUGCUCAUCCGACAGCCUCUACUCCAAUUAUCGCAUUAAAAACGGAUCCGUUAGCUUCCAUUAACCAACUCUCAGGAGUAUUGUACGAGAAUACAUGAAUACUGUCUUGUUCUUAGCCAUCUACUAACCUAUCAGAGUAGAUUUUAUCACUAAGUGUAUAUACGUGUAAAGCGAAUUCAAUGUCGUUUUCAGUGUUUACUUGUAAAUAUUACUGAUGUUCAAUUUUUUAUUGUACAUUGAAUAAAACAAUAAAAAAGUAAGUGUCAAACUGUUGUAUCGAUCACUUGUAUUUGAAGGUAUUUACAUAGACAUAUUUGAUUUUUUUGGGCAAGAAUACAGAGUGUGAACUUGCUUUAAAA